AUGAGGAGGAGGCCUGGGAUCGCUGGCUUGCAGAAUGCGGCGGCUACUCGCGACCAAUUCCGGCUGGUCGGGGAGAAUGUGGCCAAGGUGAGGACCGAUGUCAUGAAGGAGCAGCUUGCGACGUUCCGGUCACAACUCGAGGAAUUUGCUCGCAAGCAUAAGAGUGACAUCCGUAAAAACCCGGUAUUUAGACAGCAGUUUCAUGAGAUGUGUGCAAAAGUUGGAGUAGAUCCAUUGGCAUCUAAUAAAGGAGUCUGGGCAGAACUUCUAGGGAUUGGUGACUUCUACUAUGAACUUGGAGUUCAGAUAGUUGACAUAUGCAUUGCAACCAGAUCGCAUAAUGGUGGCCUGAUUGAUUUAUUGGAUCUCCGCAAACUGCUUGGUCAGAAGAGAAAGGCUACCCUUGAAUCAUUAUCUGAAGAUGACUGUUUACGUGCUAUAAGCAAGCUAAAAGUCCUUGGCAGUGGUUUUGAAGUAAUUUCUGUUGGGAGGAGGAAGCUUGUGCGUUCAGUUCCUACCGAGUUAAAUAAAGACCACAGUGGGAUACUUGGGCUAGCUCAGGCUGAGGGCUAUGUCACGGUAGAACAAGUCGAAAGGGAAUUUUCAUGGUCUACUGGGCGUGCAAUUGAUGCCCUUGAAACUUUGCUGAAGGAGGGGCUUGCUAUGAUCGACGAUGGGCAUAGGGACGCCAAGCGAAGAUAUUGGUUCCCAUGCGUCACUGUCAGCUCCGACACAGCAGCUGUUGAAGCCAAUGAGAUAAAAAGGCCAUUAGUGGCACCCAAAAUAGACUUCUUCGCCCUGCGCGCCUCCUGCCGCGCUUACCGCGCCGUCCUCCCGCCGUCCCGCGGGGCCCUCGCCUGCCAGUCCCCGCUCCUCCUCGUCGCCCUUUUCCCCUCCUUCUCCGAGGCGUUAUUCCACCUCUCGCUCCGCCGCCUCCCCUGGGGUCAUCACCUGCCCCCCUCCCGCCGCACCCUCCACUACGCGCACGGCUACCUCGUCACCGCCACCACCGCGUCCUCCCACUACCCCCCGAGGCUCCUGCUCCUUCACCUCUUCUCCGGCGAGCAGCUCCGCCUCCCCAAGGUCCCCGCGCCGUUCACCCGCGUCAUCGUCUCCGACGACCUGGCCACCGUCCUCUUCCUGCCCGGCAGGCCCAACGUCCAGCACUGCCACCCUGGGGACGCGCUCUGGCGCGUGGCCACCGCGGACGCGCCCCACGUUGUUGACGAUAUGCUCUUCGUCGAUGCCACCCUCUACGCCCUGGUAAAUGGCCUCCGUCUUGCCACAGUCGAGCUGUCUGAUAGUUUGCUGGGACUGUCGUUUCUAGGAGAGGAGGUGGAUGACGACAGCAAGCCGGCGGGAGGACAGUUCACGCUCGGAGAGUGCGGGGGUGCUGUGUUGCUCAUCAGUCAGGAUCACACGGAGAUGAUGUUGUACCAUGUUUAUCGGUGGGCGUUUGAGGUGGGGAAGUGGGUUUCAAUCACGAGCUUAGGCGAGCGAACACUGUUUCUUGGUUUCUUCGGAUUUGCAGCCUGUAUUGGUUCAUAUUACCCAGGAAUCCGAGGGGAUUGCUUAUAUGCAGCUGGGCCGCGCUUGGGUGAAUGGCAUGAGCACUCCUUGGCUGAUGGAACUUGCGAUGUUCACUAUGCUGAUUAUCCAGGUGCACCACCCCUGAACAACAAUUCACCUAUCAGACCUCAGGUCUAG